ACUGCUCCAUCAAUAUCGGACUUCGUCAUCCUCAAGCCCAUAAGCCGUGGAGCCUAUGGGAAGGUCUUCUUAGGCGCUAAGAAGAACAACAGGAAUCAGCUAUAUGCUAUCAAAGUUAUGUCGAAGUCGGCUAUGCAUAAAAAAAAUCUGAUAAUGGAGUACCUCAUCGGUGGCGAUUUGAAGUCGCUGAUCAUGAUGGCGGGCUACCUGGAUGAAAGGCAUGCUUCACUGUACAUGGCUGAGAUGGUGAUUGCGGUCAAAUACCUUCACGAACACGGGAUCAUCCAUAGGGACCUUAAACCAGACAAUAUUCUCAUUACGGCUAAGGGUCACCUCAAGUUGACCGACUUCGGUCUCUCCUCCGUCAGUUGGUCAAAGGUCCUCUCGCCGGCGGAUGUUCUUUACACACCCUCGGCCACACAGACGCAGCAAGGCUUUCUCCGCACACCUGGUCAAGUCAUCUCCCUCACUACGGAUCUCUCAUUCUUGCUGGGUUUUUUUGGGGCUUUACAGAAGAACUCUCUGCUGACUGAGUCUUCAGAUGCUCCCAGUGAUUCAAAUGUAAUGGUAGGUCUGUCUCCGAUUUCGUCCAUUGGUGGAAGUAAUGAAUGCUACGAUGACAAACUGGAUCUUCGACUACCGCGUAGUUCAUCACCAGCUCACUGUCGCUACGUGUCCUUACCUCAUCUCCGGCGUACUUUUUCAGCUGUAAAGCUUACCUACUCUACCAAAAACUCGCUAGCUUCUUCCUCUUCCAUAAACUCUCUUGAUGCGGAUCAAAGAAGUUGUGCGAAAUCUAUGGAAGACAAUAAUAAGGAGAAUGUACCUUAUACUCCCGGCUUUGAGUUCAAGACUCCCUCUCGACCCCCUCGAAAGGGCAUCAGAACUAAGGCUCCUGCCACCACUUCUUUUGACCACAUUGGCCGGCGAAAACACAUCACUUCGGCCGAUUUCAAUAAUGCCAUAUGUUUGUCUCAAUUGAAUCCCUCCAAACCGAUCAAAUUUGACGAGGGUACGGCACCUCUGGGGGCACAGGUGACACCUCUGAGAACUCCGAGCAGUGACGGCGAAUCUAACGACAUGCCUACUCGCAGCUUUGGUCAUCAGCCAACGCCUGUCCCUGUUGCUCUUCGCUUAACAGGGAUACCAUACGAUCCGCACACCUCGGCCUCCUUUCACUGUGAACCUCGGCAGCCACCAUCGUCCUCAGCUCUACCGUAUUCACGACCGCGGCACGUUCUGGGCACACCAGAAUACCUGGCACCGGAGCUGCUCGCCUUUCCACACUAUCAACAGGCCGCAGAUAACCCUGCCGUUGAUUGGUGGGCGCUAGGAGUGAUCCUCUUUGAAAUGCUCACCGGGGUUUCUCCAUUCGCUGACGAUAACUUGGAGGAUAUAUUUGAUCAUAUCAUCAAAUUGGACAUACCCUGGCCAAACUCCGAGGAGACUCAACUGGAGGAAGGUGGAGGGAUCUCUCCACAGGCUGAGGAGCUCAUAAAAGGUCUUCUGGAGCGUGAACCUACGCGGAGAUUGGAGAUGGCAGAAAACAUCGAGCAGCAUGCCUUUUUCAUUCAAGUGGGACUUUGGAGCAACUUGCAGAAUGUAGCAAUGCCCUUCGUUCCCUGUCCUGAUGGUGACGCUGACACUUGUUACUUUGAGGUGAGGUCUUAA